AAACAGAACAAUUCGUAUCAAUAUUGAAACUGGAGGCUGGAUGGAGCAAACUUUUUGGGCAAGUUGCUUAAUAGUUUUUCCUAAUCCAAAGGUGGUUUAAGAGAGCUUCAGUAAUGGGCCAAGGUUUAGGGUUUUGAGAGAUGGGGCAACAGACGUUGAUCUACAGCUUUGUGGCUCGUGGCAUGGUGAUCCUCGCUGAGUAUACCGAGUUCACCGGUAACUUCACAACCAUUGCCGGUCAAUGUCUCCAGAAGCUCCCUUCUUCCAACAACAAAUUUACCUACAAUUGCGAUGGCCACACCUUCAAUUAUCUCGUUGAGAAUGGAUUCACCUACUGUGUGGUUGCAGUUGAAUCUGCUGGUAGGCAAAUUCCAAUUGCAUUUCUGGAAAGAAUUAAAGAAGACUUCAGCAGAAGAUACGGUGGAGGGAAGGCUGCAACUGCUACUGCCAAGAGCCUGAAUAGAGAAUUUAAGUCCAAACUGAAGGAGCAUAUGAAGUAUUGUGUGGAACAUCCUGAAGAGAUCAGCAAACUUGCCAAAGUGAAGGCCCAAGUUUCUGAAGUCAAGGGUGUUAUGAUGGAAAAUAUUGAGAAGGUACUUGACCGUGGUGAGAAGAUUGAGUUGCUGGUGGAUAAAACUGAAAACCUUCGUUCACAGGCACAAGAUUUUAGGCAGCAGGGAACUAAGAUAAAAAGAAAGAUGUGGAUUGAGAACAUGAAGAUGAAAUUGAUUGUGUUCGGGAUCGUUCUUGCCUUGGUUCUUAUAAUUGUGCUGUCAGUCUGCCCUGGCUUCAAAUGUUAAAAACUGUGAGGAUAGCCAUCCCUGGUACAGCUGUUGUUGCGAUGAUGCCAACUGGGUUGUCUUGAUAGACGAUGGGUCUAUAUAAAUUCAUUUAUUUGUUUAGUUCACAUAUAUUUCUCCCUUUGCUAGCCGUUUAGGACAGGGAGAGGCUUCUGCAUCUCGGUUGUCUGUGUGUAUAGGAUUUAGUUGGGAACUUAUCACGGUAGAUAAAUGUUUCUAUCAUUUAUUUUCUUCUUUAUGUGUUGUGUAAGGAGAAAUACUCAGAUGCCUGCUUAUCCUAUUUGCCCCUUCCAAAUAUUAUAAAAAAUCAUUCUUCUUUCUGUUAUCAA